GCGUGGCUCAUUCACAGCUCUCAAUGUCGGAGCAGAGAGGAGGACAGGAGGAGGAGGAGGAGGUGAGAGGAGGACAGGAGGAGGAGGAGGAGGAGGUGAGAGGAGGAGAGGAGGAAGAGGAGACGAACCUACAACCAGGUGGAGGUCCUGGAGAGCAUCCGCCAGAGGACGACAGAGAGCCGGGGAGUGGUGGAGAGGAGGUGCAGGAUGACACAGGUGAGUCCACUUUGUCCACAGGUGAGUCCACUUUGACCACAGAUGUGCUGGAGGCCGCAGACGAAGCUGAAACUCAGGCUGAUCUGCCCGAUGAUGCCGAGCAGCUCAGAGAGCCUCAGAGAAGAGAGAACGUUGGAAACUCCACGGCUACAGUGAAGGUGGUGCUGGUUCCAGGAGGUCACGUGAUGACGGUGGCCUUCGCCAUCGGUCUCAGCAUCCAGGAGCUGAAGCGUCACCUCGCCGCCGAGCUCAGGGUUCCCGCCGAGGUGCUGCAGAUCUCUCUGGACGGCCGAGUGGUGGAGGAGCAGCAGAGUCUGAUGGAGCUCGGCGUGCGGCCUCACGGCUCCACCCGGAUGGAGAUGAGCUCCAGCGACCCGACCACCCACCCACUCCGCCCGCUCCGCCCCCCCGAGCAGGACAACAUGCCGGACGUCAUCACCGUCCGAGUCCAAACAGAUGAGGGCGUGUUCCAGGAGGUGGUGGUGGAGAUCGCGCCCCCCCAGCAGAAGGCCUUCCUGGGCGGCUACAGGCAGCGGCUGACGGCGGAGUACCACCACGCCUCCGUCCAGACCUUCCCCAAGAGGAGACCCGACAGAGGGGUGGUGGUCUUCAGCCGCGACACACAGACAGUAGACCUGAAGUCUCAGGUGCAGCAGUGUUCGGUCGACGUCGCCACCCAGAUGACCGCCAUCGGCUGCCACGUCUCCUGUAUGAACGACAAGCUGGUCGCCCCCGGCAACUACGUCACCGCCGACGAGCAUCAUGACACGAGGCUGAGAGCCGUGAUCCGUCUGCAGUCGUUCACUCGGCGCUGGCUGGCCCGGCAGGAGGUGGACCGGCUGCGGAGGGACCGGGACCGGCGGCUGGUCUGGCUUGAGCUGCAGGAGAGGAGGAGGAGGGAGGAGAAGGAGGAGCAGCUGAGAGACCGCCGCCACCGCUGGAUGAACCCGCAGAGGAGGGAGGACUUCAACCUGCUUUACCACGCUUUGGAGAAGUGGAGGCGUGAGGAGGAGCAGCGCAUCAACUCGUCCCUGAGCGGAGCUGAGAGGAAGGCCGCCCUCUGCUCGCUGCUGGAGCAGGAGACGCAGAACAUCGUCGACAUCGGGCGCCGUCGCAUCGCCGUCCAGGACGACAUCUACGAGCAAAGCGUCCGGAGCUUCCUGGACAAGUCUGCGGCUCCUCAUCAGUGGCGAACGGCAGACGGUCGGCCUCUCGAGAUGGACAGUGAACACACCAUCAGAGCCAGAGAGCUCAGAGAUCUGUACAACAACAUCAGCCGGUCCUCUGACAGCCAGCAGCAGAGACUCCACGUCCUCCUGACCCUCAAACACACCGUCAUGGAGCAUGAGUGUCAGCUGACCCGGGACGUCGUGGAUUUGAUUGACAGGGAGGUGGACCUGAUGACUCGGGGGGUUAAGGCGACCAGCCUGGAGGGGCUGAGGAAGAGGAUCUCCACUCUGUUCCUCCAGUACAUCAAAACACCGGCGUUUAACCCCGAGGUGGCCAAACUGCUGAAGGUUCCCCAGAAUCCCUCUCAGCUGAAGAACGACAUGUUCGUCUGCCGUGGCUGUCAUCGCUACCUGCAGUCCUCCGACUUCAGCCCGUCCGCCGGCGGCCGUCUGAGCGGUCGUUGCCGCAGCUGCGCCGGACUCGACAACAUAGCGAGGUCACGUGACGAGUUCUCCUGCUACAAGAACAUCCUGAGGAGGCUGAGAGCCGACGAGCAGCGGCUCAACCAGGAAGCAAAGAUUCCCUUCCUGUUGCAGGUGGAGGACUUGCGGUACCUGGUGGAGGUGGUCUGGGCGUCCCGCUCGGCCCUCCACGCCAGCAGCGACCUCUACAACCUGGUGUUCGUCCGCUGGGAGCGUCGGACGGACUGGAGCCCCUGGAACUGUGUCCUGCUGUCCAAAGAGGAGACUUCAGCUCACCUGGAGGUGGACGACGUCAACAAGGCGUAUGAGGCCACGUUCAUCCGCAGGAUCGAACACAAACACACUCUGGCUCGGCGCCACUUCAGCCAGAUCCCCCUCAUGGCCGAGUACCUGGACCCUCGUCCGCCCGCCGCCCUGGGCGACCAGCUUGUCUCCAGGUCCAUCGCCAUGGCGACAGGCGAACGCACCAUCGACACCCCGUCAGCCUCAGCUCGUUGAGAAACCCCCUCCAGGUUUCCUUUCUUUGUUCAACGUUUCCUC